ACUCACGACGCCGACGUCCCGGCACAUUUCUCCCUCCCCCUCCCUCUCCGUCAUCAUUACAGCCCUUUUUUUAUUGCUCCCAUUUCUUGUCCCACUCCUUGCCCUAGUUCCAAGAGAAAUCUCCCUCCAUCUCCCCUCCGUCAACGCCGAGCCACUGUCGUGACCCGUCCACCACCAUUCCAUGGCCAUGCAUCUGGCUAGUAUGGUACACGGCAGCGGGAGGGAAUCCGAGGUGCACGACCAACACCGUCCGCUGCACCACCAACUGCACCAGCAACCACAACAAACACAUCAACAACCACAACAGCAGCAGCAGCAGCAGCAACCUCUCCAACACCAACCCGCCUACUACCCCCAGCACCCUCAACAACCACAUCAACAACAGCGGCGAGCCUACGGACCGCACUCGACUGCUGCACCUAGCCCUUGUCCCUCACAUCACAACGGCCCCGGGUACCACUAUCAGCGUCCUCCUCAGUCGCCUCCCUCGCCUCCCGUGGAGGAGCAGAAGCCCUCGCUUCCCUCCAUCUCGAGUCUGCUCACCAUUGCAAACUCCGAGAGAGCCAACUCUGAAACAGCCGGCCACAGCCCUAGGUCGCAGCAACACCCGUCUCCCCAUCUUCGUGAGCAACACAAUAGUUCCCACCAGCUCCAGCUCCAGCACCAGCAGCAAGCGGGAGGCGCACGUCACCGUUCGCCGCCCUGUCCACCAUCAGACCUCCGUCCUGACCAGGCCUCCCACGCCUUCGGUUCCUCAAUCGUCGGCAAUCCCAAGAUGACGAUGCCUCCCACGCCGCCUCUGCACGCCGACCCGGCCGUUGAUGGCAACCAGUCUCCUUCAGUCGCUUCAACCCAUUCUGCUAGUCCUUACUAUCUCGGCCAGUCGAUGAACAACAUGGAGCCUCACCACCAGCGCCAGCACACUGCACCCGCGUCUGCCGUCCACCGCCAGCCCGACCCCUACCAACCUUCCACGUCUCCUUAUCAGAAUUCUCCCUACGCUCAGUCCCCCUAUGCCUCUUCUCCUGGCCCCGUAUCCUCAGGCUCUUAUUAUGCGCCCGACGCUCAUUACGGCAACGUCGGCAUGUACGCUCAGCGGCCCCUGCCAUCCGCCUUUGACCCUCACGCCAUGCCCAUCCAUUCCCAGCUACCUCCAGCCAAUGGUUCCAACGUUUGGCAGCACCACCACUACAUUAGUACCUCCAACCAGUCCGCCUACUCCCCAUCUCAAGACCGCUACAUCUGCCCCACCUGCAACAAGGCCUUCUCGCGCCCGAGUAGCUUGCGCAUUCACAGCCACAGCCAUACGGGCGAGAAGCCGUACAAGUGCCAGCAACCGGGAUGUGGAAAGGCAUUCAGCGUGCGCAGCAAUAUGAAACGUCACGAACGGGGUUGUCACGCGUCAUCAACUGCCACCGCCACCACCUCGUAACCCAACACAGCCUACACCUGGCAUCUUCCACUUACCAGCUCUCUCCCUGCGAAUCUUUCUGCAUUUAGAAGCAGCGGCGGUCGUCAUCACUUCUGUCAGCAUCCAUUUUGCCGAGCGUGAUACCAUUUCUAUAGCGUGUCGCUUUCCUUUGGGCGUUCAUAGUCUG